AUGAGUAGCUCUGUUGAUAUCUUUGCAUUAACAUCAAUAAAGUUCAACGAUUCACUUGCCUUGAUUAACAGGCUUGAUGCUGCCAAAUUCCCAAGGAUACUGUCUAGAAUCGUUCAAAAGAUAGGCUCUGAUAAGAAUGAAAGAAUAUUUACACAGGUAGAGGAAGAGCAGCUACAGAGUGUUCUAGAGUUGCAAGCCUAUGAGCUGAAGCAGAUAAUCGAAGCCUGCUCAUUCAUUUUCGAGCAAACAGCAUACUAUUCACUGUCCAGUGCUGUUAUGGUAGCUCAACUUCAAAAGUCAUCGCUGCAGAACGACAAGAUAACUGCGUUCCAACAUGUUUGGUCUGAGAAUGCCGAGAGUACAUUGCUCACACUUCGAACAAAAUCCCUGGCACCAUUGGUGUUGGGUGAUGUUGGAUGGAGGUUCCAUUUACAGAUGUCUCAAUCGUCCAUGAGCAAGAUCAAGCAUCCUUCAGCGAUAUUCGAGUUUGAUUUGAAGGCCACAGAUGCCGCAAACAACGAGAAGAUGUUACUGGAGUUUAACAAGGAUCAACUACAGGAGUUCUUUGUUCAACUCGAAUUGAUACAGGCAAAGCUUGAUUCUCUUGCUUAG